AUGCUGGACGCCUGCAACGGUAUCCCCCUCACCAGGCCAUCUGUUAAUACUUCAUCUCAUGCAAGCCAGGCCCCUCUCCCCAGUUCAGGUGUACAUACACCUGAAACACCCGCCGCACCCAUACAACACGGCGACCCGUCUGCGGCUCCCUCACUUCUUUCCAGUUGCAGCACCACAAGGCAAUAUGAAACUCACUCCUGUGCAGCUGCUGGAGUAGGGGGGAUGCAGCAGAGUGACCCUCAACAUCAACAGCUGCAGCAGCAGGAGCUGCAGCAGCAGGAGCAGCGGCACGAGCAGGAGCAGGAGCAGCAGCAGCAGCAGCAGCAGCAAUUCCUGUGGCCACACCCGCAGCAGCAACAGCAGCAGCAGCAGUUCCUGUGGCCACACCCUCAUCAGCAGCAACAGCAGCAGCAACUAUACCAGCUGCAGCAGCAGCAGCAUCCUCUUUAUUCUUUCUCACAAAGCUCAACGUCUCCCUUCGUCAGUCUGCAAGCAGAGGGGCUGGGGGCCCCCCAAACCCCUCAUAGAGGCCAUGGGGGCCCCCCUUCCUCUGCUUUCUCUCUGCGUUCUGGGUCUAUCAAGCAAAAGAAGAGAAAGGCGCCGUUUCCUUCGGAUGAUGCUGCCCCUGAAAAGACAGAGAGUCAGCCAGAGGCUGCACCAGCACCAAACCCAAACCACACAGAGAAACCCAACGCGGGGGCCCCCCUCCUCCGCCCGGGGGCCCCCUUUCUCUGCUCAGGGCCCCCCCCCCUUUGUUCAGGGGCAGGCCUGGCGGCCCCAGGACGUUGCAGUACAGGGGGCCCCCAGGAGGGCCCCCAGGGGGGCCCCCGGGGGCCCCAAGGAAUGCUUACAACAGAGGCAACAACUCCCGCUGCUGUCUCAAGCGAAAGCAGCGCACAGCAGCAGCAGCAGCUGGGGCCCCCCCCUCCCCCCAGCUUAGCCUGUGGCGGGGGUGGGGGGCCCCCUGGUUUGGGGCCCCUCUUGUGCGGCGGAGGCGUCACCAAGCAAGGCUUACUCACCUCGAAAGCUACAGCAGCAGCAGCAGCAGCAGCAGCAGCAGCAACAGCAGCAGCAACAGCAGCAGCAGCAAAUGCAGGAACACAGGAUAUGCAAACUGCCGCUUGCAGCCCUUUCACAGGUUCAGCAGCUGCAGCAACACCCGCAGCAGCAGCAGCAGCAACAGCAGCAGCAACAGCAAUAGCAACAGCAGAAGCAGAAGCGCCACCCGCAGCUGCGCCAACCCUGCCAGCAGCAGGAGCUGCAACAGCAACAGCAGCAGCUGCUGCUGAUGCUGCAACAACAGCAACAGCAACAGCAACAGCAGCAGCAGCAGCAACAGCAGCAGCAGCAGCAGCAGCAGCAGCAGGAUCGGGAUGCGUAGAUGAUGGGGUCCGUUCGUUGGUGUGUUCUACGUUUAUGCAUCGCAUGCUAUCAGCAGCAGUUAAGCGGCUGGCAGCAGCAGCAACAGAAAAAAUAAAUUAUUUUAUAAAGGAGGAGAGAAGACAGCUGGACUUGCUGCUGCAGCAGGAAGACAGAGAAGCAGAGCUGCUGCAGCAGCUGCUGCUGCGGGCCCUCAAUAUAAACUCCUUAACUAAUACAGACCUUAAGGCUCUCUUACAACUCAUACAAGACCCUGCACCUCCUGCUGCUGCUGCUGCUGCUGCUGCUCCUGCUGCUGCUGCUGCUGCUGCUCAUGCUGCAACAGAAGAGAAUGCAAGGGGGCCCCCAAACACAAACUGGGGGCCCCCUGCUUACAGCGAUUCAAACCCCCCCUGUCCUCCUAGCAGCACGGUAGGGGGCCCCCCCUCUGCUGCAGCAGCAGAAGCAACAACAGCAACAACAGCAGCAGCAGCAGCAGCAGCAGCAGCAGCAAUGGCAGCAGCAAGGGGGGCCCCUGGGGCCCCCACAGACUUUGUGAUUACACCCCGAGGGUCUGUAGUUGAAGCUGCUGCUGCACUGCCAGCAGCAGAAGAAUAUUUAAACCAUAGAGAUGAAGUCGAUGGUUUUGUUGAUAUAUUCAGGGGCAGCGAGCGGCCACAAACCAGGUGUAUGUACACCUCAGAAGGGGGGAGAAUGCAAGACACAGCAGCAGCAGCAGCAGCAGCAGUUGCUGCUGCUGCUGCUGCUGCUGCUGCUACUGCUGGUGCAGCGGGAAGCAGACAGAAUUGCGUAGAAAGCAGCAACGCACGCAUAUCAGCAGCAGCAGCAGCAGCAGCAGCAGCAGCAACAGCAGCGCGAACAGACUCAGACAACGGAGCAACAGCAGCACCAACAGCAGCAGCAGCAGCAGCAGAUAUUGCAGUUGCAGCAGCAGAAUUUAUAGAGGGUACCAGCACGAAGCCAACAGCAGCAGCAGCAGCAGCAGCAGCAACCCCCCACAAACCCCAACGCAGGCGGCACCGCCAAGGGGUAUCGAGGAGGGGUUUAGCCGCCAUCAGGGGGCCCCCGGGGGCCCCCCCACUAACAACAUUCAGGGGGGGGCCCCCAGCAGCGGGGGGGGCCCCCUUUGAUUCAACUUCUGCUGCUGUAAUAGAGGGAGGGUUCAGAACGAAGAGGCCCUGCCAGGGGGCCCCCUGCUGCUGCUCUGUUGCUUCUUGUGGUUUGGGUGAGGGGCCCCCUAGUAUAUCUUUCUUUUGCGGUGGUAAUGCAGCUUCUGCUGCUGCACCUUCUGCUGCUGCUGCUGCUGCUGCUGCUGCUGCUGCUGCUGCUUGGGGGGGCCCCUGUAUCAAGCAGCAACGACGCUUGUUAUACACCGAAGGAGAAGGGGGGGGGGAUGAGAGGCCCCCAGCCCCCGGGGCCCCUCCUUCUUCUGCAGAUAUAUUUUCUCUUAUUAACCCUUGCUCUCCCUGCCCUGUGGAUGCUGCUUUCACUGGCAGCAGCAGCAGCAGCAGCAACAGCAACAGCAGCAGCAGCAGCAGCAGCGGCAGCAGCAGCGGGGAUACGUGGGAGAUGAUUGAAGAUAAUCAAAUAAAAGAAUUUGCUGCUUUCUAUGAUCCUAAAAGAUUUCUUAUUCGAGUAGAAGGGUACUAUGUUGCAGCCAAAAUAGCUGGGGGGCCCCUCACACCCGCAACAAGCAGCAGGGCCCUCCCCCGCACCUUCAUCGUCAACAACAACAGCAGCAACAGCAGCAGCAGCAGCAGCAGCAACAGCAGCAGCAGCAGCAGCAGCAGCAGCAGCAAUAUGGGGGGCGAAGGAGAUUCAACUGGCAUGUACACUGCAGGGGGCCGCAGCUCAUCAGGGGGGAGAAGGGGGGCCCGGGGGGCCUCUAUUAACAGCAGGCAGCGGUAUUUCUCUUCUCUUUCUCUCGAUGAGAUGCUGAAGAUAGUAUGGGGGGAGCCGAGAGAGGCUGCAGCAUAUAUUCUUGCGGAUACAGCUCACGGCAGCAACAUUACUUCUUCUUCUUCUUCUUCUUCUUCUUUGUUGAUGAAUACAACCUGCAUGCAACAGCAGCCAAAAGGCUUUCUUCUUAUUGAAAGCAGUGCACUGAAACGGUAG